GCUGUUUCACAGCUACCUUACUUUGGUGACGACCGACGGAAACCCUCCCAGUGCCUCCUGUAGCGCACCAUAGCCCUUGUAGCCCACGUCGAUUCCUGCGCCACGUCGGCCGCGAACGCGCUGUGCCGCUUCAGGCUUCGCUGACGACGGAGGGCGGCCACUACAGGCGGAGCUGGUUGCGCAUCGCGAUAUGGAAGCGAGACCCGAGCGCGCGCACCGGCCGGGCAUGGCGAUGGUCUGCGAGAGAUUUGGGCAUAUAAGCUGAUGCAUCUCGGGGUGUCUUGUCGAGAUGGAACAGCAGAACGUGCAAGCACUGGCAUCGCUCAACCACCUCCAACACCACGACACGACAGGCAUUGAACCCCGAAUAGCUUCAACAUUGACCACUUACAAACCUUCUCUCUCCACCACUACUCGUGCCGGCGACCUACGCAAUGACAGUCUACCCCGUCUACAACGAGCAGGUCGCACAAGCGCAACUCCCGGGCUACACGCCCUCGCAGAGGCCGACGCCGAGCUCGACUUUCAACGCCAACGUCGACCCGUUCCAGACUGGCCAUGCGGGCCCAUCCCCGUCUCCGACCAAGCAGCCCUCGGCCUUCAACCGCAAGUUCCACAGCAUCACCAGCAAGGCCGGGUGGUCGCUGAACAAGGCCGCCAACGUCAUCGGCGCCGAGGGCUGGUGGCCCACGAGCAUGGAGAAGGAGUGCAACAAGGCGGCCCGCAUCCUUCACUCCUUUACCAGCCUUGGCGCGCCUCAGCCCCCGACGGUCGACGGCCCCAUGCAUCCCACGGGCAUCACCAAAAAGUCCAUGGUCCAGAUUCCCGACGCGGUGCUCCGUGAGUGCGCCGGCCUCGCCAUCUUCAACGUGAUCCGCGCGGGCGCCUUCCACGGCUCCCUGGCGGCCGGCUCGGGCGUUGUCGUGGCCCGUCGCGCCGAUGGCACGUGGUCGCCGCCAUCGUCGUUUGUCGUUUCGACGGUGGGUGCGGGCUUCAUGCUGGGCCUCGACGUCUACGACUGCGUGUGCGUGCUCAACACACCGGCGCAGGUCAGUGCCUUCACCAACCCUCGCGUCUCGCUCGGCGGCGAGGCAUCCAUCGCCGUCGGCCCCGUGGGCACGGGCGGCAGCGUCGACGCCGCGCUGUCCAAGACGGUGCGCCCCAUGUGGAGCUACAUGAAGAGCCGCGGGCUGUGGGCGGGCGUUCAGAUCGACGGCACCAUCAUCAUGAGCCGUGCCGACGCCAACAGCGUCUUCUACAACGAGCGCGGCAUCACCGCCAAGAAGAUCCUGCGCGGCGAUGUCGCUUGGCCUGUGCAGGCCCGGCCGCUCUUUGAGGUGCUGCGCGCCAUCGAGGGCCGCCCAGACGUCGACCACACUGUCGUCGAGGAGGUCGGUCGCAUGGCCACGCCUGGCGACACGGUCCUCGACGACGAGAAGCGCGGCGAGGCGCAAGUCCAGGUUGAGCACCACGACCGCGAGGGCGAGACGCUGCUGGACGAGAAGGAGAGGCUGAGGCGGGCGGGAUACUAAGGCUGGUCAAGUUGCUCAUGCUCUUUCAAUGGCUCAGGGGGCCUGGGGCGUUUGGGUUCUUCUUUUUCUG